GAACAUCGGAAUUUGCCUUUUAUGUGUGAGCUGAGAUAUCUAUUUGCACUUCUUGUUGGUACCAAAAGGAAAUACGUUGAUCCAUCAAGAGCAGUUGAAAUUCUUAAGGAUGCCUUCAAGUCAAAUGACUCACAGCAGCAAGAUGUGAGCGAGUUUACACACAAAUUAUUAGAUUGGUUAGAAGAUGCCUUCCAAAUGAAAGCUGAAGAGGAGACGGAUGAAGAGAAGCCAAAGAACCCUAUGGUAGAAUUGUUCUAUGGAAGAUUCCUAGCCGUGGGAGUCCUUGAAGGUACAGUUACAUGUUUGCUUUUUAUUAAAAGGUGUGAUGGUGUGCAUAAAAAUGUUAGUGUCAAUUUGCUGUGUCUAAAAUUUCAGUGGAGAAAACAGAAACAUGAUAUGAAGUUUUUUGUUUGUUUUGUUGUCUUUCAGCAUUGGUUUACAGAACUACCACCUGUGUUAACAUUUGAAUUAUCAAGAUUUGAAUUUAAUCAAGCAUUGGGAAGACCAGAAAAAAUUCACAACAAAUUAGAAUUUCCUCAGGUUUUAUAUUUGGACAGGUAUUGUUUACUGUACAACAUGACUCCUUCAUAUAUUUUAUGUAACAGAUAUUUAAGUUAUGGUUCGGGUCCCAAACGAUUCCCCUUGGUGGAUGUUCUGCAAUAUGCAUUGGAAUUUGCCUCAAGUAAACCUGUCUGCACUUCUCCUGUCGAUGACAUCGAUGCUAGUUCCCCACCUAGUGGUUCCACACCAUCACAGACAUCAUCAAGCACAACAGAACUACAGGGAGUUCCUUCUUCAGAACUGCCCAGCACAUCCCCUCCAUCAGUUUCUGCAGUUUCAUCGAGGUCAGUAAUACACAAACCGUUCACUCAGUCUCGGAUACCUCCAGAUUUGCCCAUGCAUCCAGCACCAAGGCAUAUAACAGAAGAAGAACUUUCUGUGCUGGAAAGCUGUUUACAUCGCUGGAGGACAGAAAUAGAAAAUGACACAAGAGAUUUGCAGGAAAGCAUAUCCAGAAUCCAUCGAACAAUUGAACUGAUGUACUCUGACAAAUCCAUGAUACAAGUUCCUUAUCGCUUACAUGCUGUUUUAGUUCAUGAAGGCCAAGCUAAUGCUGGGCACUACUGGGCAUAUAUUUUUGAUCAUCAUGAAAGCAGGUGGAUGAAGUACAAUGAUAUUGCUGUGACAAAAUCCUCAUGGGAAGAAUUAGUGAGGGACUCUUUUGGUGGUUAUAGAAAUGCCAGUGCAUACUCACAAGCAGGAGAACCAGAAUAUCUAGAGCAGCCAUCAAGAAGUGAUUUCUCAAAGCACUUGAAAGAAGAAACUAUUCGAAUAAUUACCAAGGCAUCACAUGAGCAUGAAGAUAAAAGUCCUGAAACAGUUUUGCAGUCGAAAUCUGAAAAUACCACAAGCCAACUACCUUCUAGCCAGCGAGUUGUAGAGGUGGCGAUUCCUCACGUAGGGAAAUUCAUGAUUGAAUCAAAGGAGGGGGGGUAUGAUGAUGAGAUCAUGAUGACACCGAACAUGCAAGGUGUUAUAAUGGCAAUAGGUAAAUCCAGGAAUGUAUAUGACAGGUGUGGUCCUGAAGCAGGGUUCUUUAAGGCAAUUAAAUUGGAGUAUUCAAGGUUGGUUAAGUUGGCCCAAGAAGACACCCCACCAGAAACAGAUUAUCGUCUGCAUCACGUAGUGGUCUACUUCAUCCAGAACCAGGCGCCAAAGAAGAUCAUUGAGAAAACAUUGUUGGAACAAUUUGGAGACAGAAAUUUGAGUUUUGAUGAAAGGUGUCACAACAUAAUGAAAGUUGCUCAAGCCAAACUAGAAAUGAUAAAACCUGAAGAAGUAAACUUGGAGGAAUAUGAGGAGUGGCAUCAGGAUUAUAAGAAAUUUAGGGAAACAACUAUGUAUCUUAUAAUUGGAUUAGAAAAUUUUCAAAGAGAAAGUUAUAUAGAUUCCUUGCUGUUCCUUAUUUGUGCUUAUCAGAAUAACAAAGAGCUCUUGUCUAAGGGCCCAUACAGAGGACAUGAUGAAGAGUUGAUAUCACAUUAUAGAAGAGAAUGUUUACUAAAAUUAAAUGAGCAAGCUGCAGAACUGUUCGAAUCUGGAGAGGAUCGAGAAGUAAACAAUGGUUUGAUUAUCAUGAAUGAAUUUAUUGUUCCAUUUUUACCCCUGCUCCUGGUGGAUGAAAUGGAAGAGAAAGAUAUACUUGCUGUGGAAGAUAUGAGGAAUCGAUGGUGUUCGUACCUUGGACAAGAAAUGGAAUCAAACCUCCAAGAAAAGCUCACCGAUUUUCUGCCAAAACUGCUUGACUGUUCUACGGAGAUUAAAGGUUUCCAUGAGCCACCAAAGUUACCUUCCUAUUCCACACAUGAACUCUGUGAGCGCUUUGCCCGAAUCAUGUUGUCCCUCAGUCGAACUCCUGCUGAUGGAAGAUAAACUGCACACACACUUUCCCUAAACACACUGUAUAAACUUUUUUUAGUUCUUAACCCUUGCCUUCCUGUCACAGGGUUUGCUUGUUGCUGCUAUAGUUUUUAACUUUUUUAAUUUUAAUAACUGCAAAAGACAAAAUGACUAUACAGACUUUAGCCAGACUGAAAAUAAUAAAGCUGAGAAUCGCAUGGCACUCAGACUUUGUUUUAACCAGAACUGAUGUAUAAUUAUAAAUCUGAUUUUAUUAUGGCAAAACUGCUUUUGCCACCUUUCUGUUACAGUGUUACUUUGCUCAUUUCUUUGUCCAGCAGCUUUCCAUUCAGUCUGGAUUCUUCCAUGACGACAGCCAUUUUAAGUGUUCAGCACUUGUGUACGAUACAUAAUAUUUGGUAGCUUGUAAAUGAAAUUAAAGAAUAAAGUUUUAUUUAUGGCUACCUAUGUGUUUGUAAGCAGGUAUAUUGUAUAUUAGUUCAUUGUUUUAGCUAUAAUAUAUAAUUGAAUUUUGUCUGGGAAUUAAGAUUGGGUGAUGUAGGUUAGUACAGUCUUUUUAUUUUGCUAUAAUGGUAUCAUACUGGAAAAUUACUAGGUAUUUGACACUUACAAUAUUUCUAUAUUUUUUACUAAGUUGUUGAACUUAGGAUGGCACCUAAACUUGUUAUGAAUUUAGUCAGGUUUUCACUAAAGUGAGCAGCCAAUUUUUUAAGUCUAUGUACACUGAAACUUAAUCUUUCUUAGAUUAGCCUUUUGUUUUUUUAUGUAUUUACAAAUAAUAUAGCAAAGUAAUUAUUUCAAGAGAAACCUGAAAGAGUACUUGAAUAAGGGCUAUUUGUGAAACUUAAAAAAGAAAUAUGUGUACACACACACAAACACACACAUAUUCACAUGUAUAUUCUACAUAAUGGAGUACAAUGUUUUGCAUUAUAUAAUCAUUCUAUUUUUGUAAAUUGUAUAUCACUUUAAUUGAAAAUGUUCUCUGCUAAUCAAUGCUGUGAAAUGAAGUUGAUAUUGUUUAAUUAGAAGUCACGAGUAUCUAAACUGCUUUUAUUUACUUAAUUUUCAAAAAGAAAAAAGCUGUAGAAUAUUUUAUAGACGGAACUGAUGUUUAAGAUUAAUGAAAUAAUAUUGUGAAUGAAAGUCAAAUCAAUGCUUUAAAGGUAAUGAUGUUACCAACAACCUAUUUUUGAAUUUAUAAAAAUUUCUUAUGAUACUUUGUUAGCAUAGUAAAAUAUAUCAUUACGCUA